GUCUGGUAAAAAGAAAAAAUUGUGACAUGCAAACCGAAAACAUGAUCAGACGAUUCACACGACAAAAGAAGUGAAGCGGGUGGACCGUGGGCCUCCUUUCACUUUUCGGGAUUCUCUCGUCGUCUUCUUCUUCAGCAGCCUUAGAUUAAUUUACCGUCGCGUAAUUGACCAGGACGCCGAACGCAGAUACAGAGAGAGAGAGAGGGAUAGAGAUAGAGAAAGAGCGAGGGAGAGGAAUUUCAUUUUGAUCGCGCCAUUUAAUAUUGUGCGAUCAUGUCAUUUUCCUUCUUCAAGCCGUCUCGUCCCAAAACCCCGCCGGAGGUGGUGAAGGCAAUCAAGGACAGCCUCCUGGCUCUUGACACCAAAACAAUUGUCGAAGUUAAAGCCCUUGAAAAGGCUCAAGAAGAAGUUGAAAAGAACAUUGUUACAUUGAGAUGCAUGCUUUCGGGAGAUGGGGAAGUUGAACCAAAUGUUGAACAAGUUGUACUGUUAGCCACUGAAAUUUGUAAAGAGGAUGUUAUUGCUCUUCUUAUUCACAAAUUACCUGUCCUUGGAUGGGAAACAAGAAAAGAUUUAGUGCACUGUUGGUCCAUAUUGUUGAAGCAGAAAGUUGACUCCACAUACUGCUGUGUGCAAUACAUGGAGAAUCAUUUCGAGUUGCUUGACUUUCUUGUUGUCUGCUACGAUAACAAGGAAAUUGCGUUGCAUUGUGGAAAUAUGCUGAGGGAGUGCAUCAAAUUUUCUACACUUGCUAAAUACAUAUUAGAGUCUGCAAGCUUUCAGUUAUUCUUCAAAUUUGUGGAGUUACCUAACUUUGACGUCGCAUCUGAUGCAUUUUCAACAUUUAAGGAUCUGCUUACUAAACAUGAUUCUGUGGUCUCCGAAUUUUUGACUGCUCAUUACGAUGAGUUCUUUGAUGUAUAUGAAAGGCUCCUCACAUCUUCUAAUUAUGUGACCAGACGUCAAUCACUGAAGCUUCUCUCGGAAUUCCUGUUGGAGGGUUCAAAUUCCCACAUCAUGAAGCGGUACAUUCUAGAAGUUCGGUACUUGAAGGUCAUGAUGACGUUGCUGAAGGAUUCGAGCAAAAACAUUCAAAUCUCUGCUUUCCACAUUUUCAAGGUUUUUGUUGCUAAUCCUAAUAAGCCACGGGAAGUUAAGGUCAUUCUGGCAAAAAACCAUGAAAAGUUACUGGAUCUUCUUAAGAAUCUCUCUGGUGGGAAAGGUUCCGACGAUGAACAAUUUGAUGAGGAAAAGGAACUGAUUAUCAAGGAAAUCCAAAGAGUGGCUCGCCUGCCACACCUUGAUCGGAAAUAAUACUUUUGCUGAUGGAAGAACGAAGUUGUUAAUGGCAGGAUCUAAAAGCACUACUUGGAGUUUGACGUAUGAAGAAAGUUCGCCUUGUAAUCUUAUGGUACUACAUGCAUGUGAUAUAGGGUCUGUAAAAGUGUCUGGUUUUUUAUAUUGAGUGGUCUUUAAUGUUAUGAUGGUGUAAUUCCCAUUCUGAUAUGGUUUGUAUUGGAUAUGCUGAGGGUUGAAAGCAUUUCCUGAAUGACCCAAAGUCACUGUAACAUAACCGAAACUUCCUUUUGGGAUGCAGUAACAUGUUUGAAGCGUCUCUUGUAACUCAUGAUUGAAGCCUCUUUUCAAUAAAGAAAGUGUUAAUCAUUUUCUCAUCUUUAAAA